UGUACGUGGGUUGUGGGAGCUCCCAGGAAAGAGAGCGGCCAAGUGCCUGAGAGAGGGAAGUGCUUCACCAAGAAGGGGACAUCUGUCGUGGACCUUGUAGGAUGAGUACGAGAUCCGCAGGAGGGAGAACCUUCCAAACAGAAAUAACGGCUUGAUCACAGCCGUCUCUCCUCUCUCUUGCUAUGGGGAUUCAGGGCCUGGCCAAGCUGAUUGCUGACGUGGCCCCCGGUGCCAUCCGGGAAAAUGACAUCAAGAGCUAUUUCGGCCGCAAGGUGGCCAUCGAUGCCUCCAUGAGCAUUUAUCAGUUCCUGAUCGCCGUCCGCCAGGGCGGGGACGUGCUGCAGAACGAGGAGGGGGACACCACCAGCCACCUGAUGGGCAUGUUCUACCGCACCAUCCGCAUGAUGGAGAACGGCAUCAAGCCUGUGUACGUCUUUGACGGCAAGCCGCCGCAGCUCAAGUCGGGGGAGCUGGCCAAGCGCAGCGAGCGGCGGGCCGAGGCCGAGAAGCAGCUGCGGCAGGCUCAGGCUGCCGGCGCCGGGGACGAGGUGGAGAAGUUGACCAAGCGCCUAGUGAAGGUCACCAAGCAGCACAACGACGAGUGCAAGCAGCUGCUCAGCCUCAUGGGCGUCCCGUACCUGGACGCGCCCAGUGAGGCUGAGGCCAGCUGCGCCGCCCUCGCGAAGGCUGGCAAAGUCUACGCCGCCGCCACAGAGGACAUGGACUGCCUGACCUUCGGCAGCCCCGUGCUCAUGCGGCACCUGACGGCCAGCGAGGCCAAGAAGCUGCCCAUCCAGGAGUUCCACCUGAGCCGGAUCCUGCAGGAGCUGGGCCUCACCCACGAGCAGUUCGUGGACCUGUGCAUCUUGCUGGGCAGCGACUACUGCGAGAGCAUCCGGGGCAUCGGGCCCAAGCGGGCCGUGGACCUCAUCCAGAAGCACAAGAGCAUCGAGGAGAUCGUGCGGCGCCUUGACCCCAGCAAGUACGCCGUGCCGGAAAACUGGCUCCACAAGGAGGCCCAGCAGCUCUUCCUGGAGCCCGAGGUGCUUGACCCGGCGGCCGUGGAGCUGAAGUGGAGCGAGCCGAAGGAGGAAGAGCUUGUCAAGUUCAUGUGUGGCGAGAAGCAGUUCUCUGAGGAGCGAAUCCGCAGCGGGAUCCGGCGGCUGAGCAAGAGCCGCCAGGGCAACACGCAGGGCCGCCUGGACGACUUCUUCAAGGUGACUGGCUCGCUCUCGUCAGCCAAGCGCAAGGGGCCGGAGCCCAAGGGAUCCGCCAAGAAGAAGGCGAAGCCCGGGGCAGCCGGGAAGUUCAAACGGGGAAAAUAAAGUCGUUUCCCCUCACACCUCCCGGGCCCCAGAGUGUCGGCCUCUCUGUGUCCUUGAGCGCCCACCCCGGGGAAAGCUCUGUGGGGGUGGGGGCGGGGGGGGGCUCGCUGCUUCCCCUUCCCGAUAACGCUUUCCCUUCUCUACUUGAUCUUGCGGCUGGAAGGCCACAGAGGUACUUUGUUUUCUUCUCUUUUAGCUCAGGAAAGUGUGUCAGGCUCCUAACACCUCUCAGGCAACUUAAUGGACACUGAGCCUCUUGUUAAAUGAAAGGGAUAGUAACAGGUUUCGAAGAGGGAGCGGGGGAUAAGCGGUAGAGACAGAAGUCUGUAGAAAAGUGAUUUCCUGACUGGCCCCACUGGUGGCUGAUGGGAAGGGGGGUGGUGGCACCAGACUGUGUUUCUCUCUGGCCCAGCCUUGACCGGCCCUGUAGGACACGCAUCCAGAAGCCCCAGUCUUCUCAGAUGGGGAGAUUUCCUGAGAGGUAGGACGGGUGGGGAGCUGGGGUCCCCAGAGUUGGCCACAAGGGUCCGGCCACUGGCUGCGUGUCCUGGGGUGGGCGGAAACUGAAACCUGCUAUGUAACUUGAGCCUUCACAGUGGUCCUUUAGAGGCAUAAGAUGGCCAAAUGCUAAUGGCUUCUCUGAGGCAGUCACCCGAGUUGAGACUUGGGGAUGAGAUGCUUAUUUUCAUGUGCUGUUUUUGUUUUAAAUGUGUGAACAAAAGAGUCAAUAAAAUUAUAAAAGUGG